AUGGCUGGGUUUCCAAAUGUUAAACCAGCAUUCACCGUCAGAGUGUUAAUCGAUGAUUCCAUCCCAGUCGGAAGCCACCACCGCAAAACAUCUCUUAUCGUUGUCCCCAUGAUUGGAGGAACCGUAACGGCUGAACCAGGCAGUACGCCAGCCCUCAAUGCGACUUUUGUCGGCACAGGAAACGACUACAUCCACGGUGACCCGGACCAGAAGAGGCUACGCCUGGAUGCGCGGAGUGUCCUCAAGACAGAUGAUGGCGCUUUCAUCUAUGUCAACUACAAAGGAACAGUAAACGUUACGGAAGACUUGUCCAAGGUCCUAGGUGGUACUGCCGGUGAUUUGGAAACCCCAUAUGGGGAUUCUUUUACCUAUUUCAACUUCGAGACUGGUGACGAACGCUACAAAGAUCUCGAGAACGGAGUCUACAUCGGACAGGGGCACUUUAUUUCAAAAGUUGGGGAGAAAGUUAUCGUCGAAUACAAAGUCAGCCAGGUUAUCAUGGGCUGA